AUGGCAUUGACUCGCGGCUCCUCGACACCCGAGUGUGAGAGAUCCAUCGAUGACUACAUGCUGUGUAGUCUGGCGCACGGACUCUGCAAUGCUUCUAACCCAUCCACAAACGAGUGGUUGGUCAAGGUGAAGAUCUUCCGUAAAAAGUUGAUCCUGCAGCCGGUGGAUUUUGUGCCAAAUUCGUACGGCGAUCGGUUUAUCCCGCGGCGCUACGCACUGUCCCGGGCGGGCCUGUUCACGGCGGACUGCAAACCGGGAUCGGAACCGAGCACCGAUCCGAUGGAGAUGAAGAAAGUGCCGGGCUACUGGUGUUCCAUACACUACUCGAACGCCCUGAAGGACGUGAUGGGGCUGGUGCCGCCAAGGGACUCAGUGCUGCGGUUCACUGAUGUUGCCGCCCAGCAGCAGCAGCAUCAGCAAGCGGCCACCGGGAAGUGGCCAUCGGUGCGCGCGACCCUCGAGUGGAUCGCCCGGCCAACGUACCGCAACACGGAACGGCUGGACUGGAGCUGUCAGCCGCGCUCGAAGCCGAUCGGCUUCAUCGAGGCCGUCCACGAUCUGCCGCUCAUCAAGAAGGACUACGAGAAGAUCAUCGACUGGUCGGCGAACGGGCAGAUAGCGGCGAUCUUCCGCAGCAAGCUGGUCAUCUGGACGCCGAACACGGACGCGACGCUCGGGCUGCAGGCCCAGUUCAUGACGUCGAUCGCGUUCAAUCCGGCCGGCGAUCAGCUGGCCCUGGCCGUGUUUAUGAUGGAGCGCUCGUACCUGCGCAUCCUGCAGAUGCUCGGCAACAACGUGGGCGAGCGGGGCUACCUGCAGCAGCUGGACGCGAGCCACUGCUAUCCGAUCACCUGCCUCGUGUGGGACGGCACCGGCCAGUGCGUGGUGUGCGGGUUGCAGAACGGUGCGAUCGCCAUUGUGCAGUUGCGCGGCAAGGGCAGCGAGCGGGAGCGCAAGCUCGACCGCGGCUACCACGUCCACCGGGCGGCGGUCGCGGCGAUGAAGUUUUCUUGCGGCUCCAAGUACCUGGCGUCGGGCGACACUUGCGGCGCGGUGUUCAUCUGGUCGUGGAACGCCGGCCAGCUCACGCCAGUUACGAAGUGGAAGAGCCCAUCGAUGGCCUUCUUCGACUGGCACCCGUGGCGCGAGGACGAGAUCGCUAUCGUCAACUCGGUGCCGGUCGGGAUUGCGAUCUACCACAUCCCGAGCCGCAAGAUGCUGUCGUCCUAUCGGCGGCUACACUGCGACUGCAUGGUGACGACACUGUCGUUCAAUAAAAUCUCCGCCGAGCUGGUCGUCUGCUACUCGUACUUUGGUGGUGAAAAGCCGCCGGAAAUAUUGGUCCUAGCGUCGAUCGACCGUGUGGUGGACGUUCUGCGCAAUCACGACGAGGCCGUGAUGCAUCUGCUGUGGAGCCCCGAUGGACUGCAGCUCGCGAGCAUCGGGCUCGACGAAACGCUGGCCAUCUGGAACUUCUUUGGCAUCUCGUCGUUCGACAAGCGCCGGAAGGCGAAACGUCAGUUCGAACCGACGGCCCACGGGCUCGAGUGCCUCGGGCUGGACUCGCAGCUGCUCACCGAGGGAUGCGCCCGGUGCUCCAGCAUCGGCUACUGCGAGGUAGGGCGCGUGCAGUGCAAACGGAACCGUGAAGCUCCUUGCCGGGCGCUGGCGUCGAGCUUGCUGUUUAAGCCGAUGCGCUGA